AUGGACAGUGGAGUACAGAGAGACGGAAGGGUCUUGGGUUUGAUUGACGAUGCUUGGCGAGAAGAUGAGCUGCCCUCCGAGGACGUUGCAAUACCACUGAAGGAGCGUCCGGAGCCUGAGCGGGACCGCGGUGGCGCUGCAGAACCCGGUAAAGAAGAAGAGACGAAGUGGACCGCCUUGGCCUUACUGUACCUGCACAAGAACGUUCCCCCUGAAAGGAAACUGACACCUCAGACUCUGAAGACAGGAAUGCAUGAUGGUGCUUGUUACAACUCGGGAUGUAGCAUGAAGGUGGCAAUGAACAAGUGGUUAACAGUAUGGAUGGAGAUCCAGAUGGCAAGUAACAAUGAAGAGAAAGCUGGCUUCAAAGCCAAGUAA